CGCUUAGCCAAGGAAUGUUAACGAAUUACCUGCCUCUCUCUCUCUCUCCAGCAGCAAUCGUGAAUCUCUUCACGUGACGAACCCAAAAGGGAAAAGAACACGAAAAUCUACCCAACGAUGAUGAAGAAAUUCGUAUCUUGCUCUGCAAAAUUUGCCAUGAACAUCUUGUUCUGACUCAUUUGUCGAAGUAGCAGGUGGUAUUUAGGUGGUAGGAGUCUUGUUGGAGGAACAACAGAGGGAAUAGGAAGAUAAAGCAAGCGAUGGCGGAUGCGAACGAAUCAGAAGACUCGAUCGUCUGUUACGCGCCGACCAUGAUCACCACGAACGGCAUAUGGCAGGGUGAUAAUCCCCUGGAUUAUUCCCUGCCCCUCUUCAUUUUGCAAUUGACCUUGGUGGUCGUCGUCACGCGCAUUAUGGUGUACAUACUCAGACCUUUACGCCAGCCGCGAGUUAUCUCCGAGAUCGUGGGAGGAAUACUGCUAGGGCCGUCGGUCCUCGGAAGGAGCAAGACGUUUGCGAAUACGAUCUUCCCACUCAGAAGCGUGAUGGUGCUCGAGACGAUGGCAAAUGUGGGGCUGCUCUACUUCCUCUUUUUGGUUGGAGUAGAGAUGGACAUAUCGGUGAUCAAGCGCACGGGGAGGAAGUCUAUAGCAAUUGCCCUUGCGGGCAUGAUCCUGCCCUUCCUAUUCGGAGUCGGUUUCUCCUUCCUGGUGAGCACUAAGGGAGGAGGCAUCUCCCAAGGCAUCUCCCAAGGCACUUAUAUCCUGUUCUUCGGGGUAGCUCUCUCAGUGACUGCAUUUCCGGUACUUGCUCGGAUACUUGCCGAGCUCAAACUAAUUAACACGGAAUUAGGACGGGUUGCAAUGUCGUCUGCUCUUAUCAACGAUAUGUGCGCUUGGGUACUCCUAGCUUUGGCCAUUGCAUUGGCCGAAAAUCAGAGUGCUACCCUUGCAUCUCUGUGGGUGGUGCUAUCUAGCGUCGCUUUUGUCCUCGUGUGCAUUUUCAUAGUGCGACCCGCGAUUGCCUGGAUGAUUCGGCGGACCCCAGAGGGAGAAACCUAUAGUGAAUUCUACAUAUGCCUGAUUCUCACCGGGGUAAUGAUAUCGGGCUUCAUUACAGACGCCAUAGGAACGCAUUCUGUCUUCGGAGCAUUCGUCUUUGGACUGAUCAUUCCAAACGGGCCACUGGGAGUUACUCUGAUCGAAAAGCUUGAGGACUUCGUUUCGGGGCUUCUGCUUCCUCUAUACUUCGCAAUCAGUGGGCUUAGGACAGAUGUAAGCAAGAUUGCGGGGGCGACAAGCUGGGUGGUUCUAGGGAUCAUCAUCUUUUUUUCCAGCGCAGGCAAGAUUGCUGGGACUCUCAUAGUUUCCACAUUCUACCAGAUGCCGGUCCGAGAAGGAAUUACACUUGGUUUGCUCAUGAACACCAAGGGCCUAGUCGAAAUGAUUAUUCUUAAUGUGGGCAAGGACCAAAAGGUUUUGGAUGACAAAUCAUUUGCAGCCAUGGUGAUUGUAGCCGUGUUUGUCACCGCAAUCAUCACACCAGCUGUUACAGUAAUUUACAGGCCUGCCAGGAGAUUCAUACCUUAUAAACGUCGAACUAUUCAAAGGUCGAAGCCCGAUUCGGAGUUUCGAUUGCUUGUCUGCGUCCACACACCUCGAAAUGUGCCAACAAUCAUCAACCUCCUGGAGGCUUCCAACCCCACCAAAAAAUCUCCAAUCUGUGUCUAUGUGCUCCACCUAGUCGAGCUCACUGGGCGUGCAUCUGCCAUGCUCAUUGUCCACAAUACUCGGAAAUCAGGUCGACCGGCCCUGAACCGUACACAGGCUCAGUCUGACCACAUCAUCAAUGCCUUCGAAAACUACGAACAACAUGCCGGUUGUGUAACUGUCCAGCCUCUCACAGCCAUAUCACCGUACUCCACGAUGCACGAGGACAUCUGCAACCUGGCAGAGGAUAAGCGAGCGGCUUUCAUCAUCAUCCCUUUCCACAAACAGCAAACGGUUGAUGGAGGGAUGGAAGCCACCAACCCCGCUUUCAGAAUGAUCAACCAAAAUGUACUGGCAAACAGCCCAUGCUCUGUCGGGAUUCUCGUAGACAGAGGCCUAAAUGGGUCUACCCGCUUGGCAGCGAACCAAGUAGCCCAUCAUAUUGCAGUCUUGUUCUUCGGGGGACCUGAUGAUCGCGAGGCAUUAGCGUAUGGAUGGAGGAUGUGUGAACAUCCCGGAAUCAACCUCACGGUGAUGAGGUUUGUGCCAGGUGAGGAGGCGAUUGACACAACAGCCGGGUCCACCAACGAAUUGGGUGACUCCAGGAUCUUAUCAAUUGUGACAGACAGUGACAAGGAUAAGCAGCUCGACGAAGAGUAUGUAAACGAGUUCAGGAUGAAGAAUGCAAAUGAUGAGUCGAUUGUUUACACUGAGAAGAUAGUGAACAAUGGGGAGGAGACAGUCGCGGCAAUACGGUCGAUCGAUAGUUCACACGAUCUUUUCAUAGUGGGGAGAGGGCAAGGGAUGAUAUCGCCACUCACAGCAGGGCUCACGGACUGGAGCGAGUGCCCCGAACUUGGAGCAAUUGGAGAUUUGUUAGCAUCAUCAGAUUUCGCGGCAACCGUUUCGGUACUCGUAGUGCAACAGUAUGUCGGUGUAGGACCGCAGGGAGAAGGCGUUGGAACACCAGACAGCCCUGGGGACUCAAAUGACCUUCAAUUCGGCCAUAUGAAUCGUCGGUCACCACCACCACCACCACGGGGUUAUAGCCCUUGAGCUUCAGGAUGCAGUAUCU